AUGGAUUUGCCACGUGUUCAAGGUGGCGGUGUGGCGUUGCAAUGGCCUCCAACCGUGCACGAGCACAUCCACAUUCGCGAAGAGCGUCGCAAACGUCCUCGCGAGCUGCUCGCGCACCUCUCGUCAUUCCCAGGGCUUCGAAAGCUCGUCCUCGCCAACGGCAGCAUCACGUCCGUCACUGACUCCCUCCUUUCGGGGAUUGCCGACACGUGUCCAGAUCUGACGGAUCUUCACGUCGAUAAGAUGGAUCGACGUUACAGACGCGGGGGGUUCACUGAGAACGGGCUUUCGUAUCUCCUUGAGAAAUGCACUCGGCUGGAGGGGCUUCAUCUUGAUUGUCAGUCAAAUCUGACCGCCAUUCCUGCUUCAAUCGGUGCUGCACUCGCGCAUCUCGUGAUUGAAAUGCACGGCCUGGAUGAACUGCCGCAGAACUUCGGCAAUCUGAGGCUGCUCAAGUCCCUUCAUCUCAACUGCCAGUGCCUCGUUUCCAUUCCCGAUUCUUUCGGGCAGCUUACCAACUUGACGCAACUUUCCAUCAGUGGCUCCACAAGGCUUCAACUGCCCGAGUCCUUCACCCACCUUACAUCGCUGCUGACCCUCGAAAUUUCCAACUGCCAAGACCUUUUACCGCUGCCCGAGAGGUUCGGGAAUCUGCCAGCGCUUGAAACCCUACGUCUGGAAAAUGUGUGGGGGAUCACAAAUCUGCCCGCGAGUCUCGGGCAGCUGGCUUCUCUAACGGACCUUAUCCUCGACCGCCUAGCACUCCACCAUCUGCCUGACGACCUCGCUCUCCUCCCACGCCUACGCACGCUCAAGCUAGACGUUGGCAUGGCCGUGCAGCUGCAUCCCUCCGUAUACCUCGCCACCACACUCAAAGAGCUCUCAAUUGCGAAGUCUGAAACUCUACAUUCUCUGCCCGAGGAAUUCGGGCAGCUUACUGCCCUCGAGGCCCUGCGCCUAAUUGAGCUUCCGCGGCUCAGCAGCCUGCCCGCGUCGCUUGGCGACCUGACGAGCCUCAAGGAGCUGAAAAUAUCCUUCUGCAGCCUGCUGACGCAGCUUCCAGACUCCCUCACUCUGCUUUCUUCCCUUGAGCUGCUGGAAAUCAGUUACUGCCGCUACCUGACGGUGCUACCGCAGGGCAUGGGGGAUGGUCUGUGUAGCCUGCGCAGGCUGAUUCUGCUCGAACCCAGGGCUCUCACCCAUCUCCCUCCAUCCUUCUCCAGCGUCUCCUCUCUUGAAACCCUACAAAUCUGUCAUGCACCCAGCUUACGAGGCGCGCUACCAAGCGAGUCCUCCCACAUGACAAGCCUCAAGGAGCUGUAUCUCUCCUCCCUGCCGCACCUGCCCGCCCUGCCCGCCUCCCUCCCUGCCAUCGCCCGCACUCUCGCCAGCCUCGUGGUCAUCAAUUGCAAGGGAAUUGAGGCGCUGCCAGAGGAUAUCGGACGGCUGGGAUCGCUUGAAACUCUCCAGCUCAGCGACCUGCCCAAUCUGAAGUCGCUCCCUCGGUCACUGUUUGAGCUGCAGCAAUUGAAGUCUCUAACACUUUUUGGCUGCAGCGCGUUGGAGUCGCUGUUUGCGGAUGAGGACACGGGGGAUGAGGAUUCGGGGGAUGAGGACACGGGGGAUGAGGAUUUGGGGGAUGAGGACACGGGGGAUGAGGAUUCGGGGGAUGAGGACACGGGGGAUGAGGACUCGGGGGAUGAGGACACGGGGGAUGAGGACUCGGGGGAUGAGGACUCGGGGGAUGAGGACACGGGGGAUGCACACACGGGAGCUGCGCAGACGGGAGCUGUGCACACGGUGGAUGCACUCACAGGAGCUGCGGGGCAUGACCUUGCGGGGAGAGUCACUCGCCUCGAGUUAGUUUAUCACAUGGGUAGCAGCAGUGCCGCUGGCAGCUGUGGGGGAUCCGAGGUGAAUGGCACGGGUGUGUGGCUUCCAUCCCUCGAGGUCCUUCGGCUUGUGAAUCUUCCCUUGCAGCAGCUCGGUGCAUCGCUGGGCUGCUUCCCAUCGCUGACCAGGCUGGAGAUCAGCGGCUUGAAUCGGCUUCGCUUGCUCCCAGACUCCAUCUCUCGCCUCUCUCGCUUGCAGUCACUCACAAUCAGUUCUGCCGACAGCCUGGUAGCUCUGCCAGAGACAAUAGGGCAGCUCUCAGCUCUCACAUCCCUCUACCUUACCGAUGCCAUGACCUUGACUGCUCUGCCUGAGUCAUUCGGGCAGCUGAAGAAGCUUCAGUCUUUUUCUAUUGACAGCAGCCCGGGCCUAACCAGGCUUCCCGAGUCCUUCCCUGAUCUCUGCAGACUGGAGUCGUGUUAUCUGUGCGAGGUCGGAAUCUCGUGCCUUCCAGGUGACUUCUGGAAGCUCUCUGCUUUGAAAGAACUCUCUCUGGUAUCACUUCCCAAACUCCACACCCUGCCCGAAACUUUUUCGCAACUGCCCGGACUGGAGGACUUAGCCAUGCGUGAGUGCAAGCGGCUGGCUCAGUUACCCGCGGGCCUGCAGCAGAUGGGGAAGCUGCUGGCAUGCGUUGUCAGCAGAUGCCCGCUGCUGUCAAGACGGAGGAUGGUGAUAUUUGGUACACCGAACCUGGACGAGGGAGAGCGGGCGGUGGGUGGCUCAGAGGAAGAAGAUGAAGGGGAAGUGUGGAUGGGGGAGGAUUAG